UCCCUGAGCAUCGACCCCGCAGGCGUCCCCGGGACUGGUUCUUCCAGGGCGCCGGCGCAGCGGCGCGGUGCCUUCUGGGAGUUGUAGUUCGCGGGAAGCGGCGCGCGGGAUGUAGCUGUGCCGGUGCGCAAGCGCAGUCCCCUCGGGCCUGGCGCUCUGGCCCACCCGCGGAGGUCGCCGUGGUCACCUGUGAGGCCUGCUCGUCCGCUCCACCGUGGGACCUGGGGUUACUGGGGUCCGCCUCGUCCGGGCAGGGUCGGAGACUGAGGAGAACCUGACCCGAAACCACCGAGCUCGCGGGGAGCCUCCGAGGCCUUCGAAGGCGGUGCCGGGAGUCGAGGACACUGGUGUGGUCUGGACCCACUGAUGCAUGGUGGCCAGAGCAGGGGCCACAACUUGAGUGACACACACAGGAUCUGAUGCUCUGAAGACCACAAGAUCCAGGGACAAAGAUGUGAAAACAAGGCAGUGGCUCAGAAAGCAGCGAUGGAAGGACUCUUGACCGUGGCCACCCCCCAGGGCCCCGAGGUGGGGGAAACCCGGGAACAAGAGGGUCGGUUCAAGGACCGGCAGGAGAACCAGAAAAGCUGUUUGAAGCAAGAGGCCACGGCCCCCGGGGAAGAGCCCGCCAAGGACGGUGUGCAGGAGCGGGGCGAGCUCGGCGGGGUGCCGGGAACCGGCCGGAGCCCUCCCCUGCCCCAAGCCGGCGGCCGGCCCCGGAGGCGCGGCGCGCCCAGGAAGAAUCCGAAGCAGAAGAGGGCGGGCUCCGGCGAGGAGGAGCGAGGAGGGGGCGGCCCCCGGAAGCCGUGGACGUGCGGGGACUGCGGCAAGGCCUUCAGCUACUGCUCGGCCUUCACCCUGCACCAGAGAACCCACACCGGCGAGAGGCCGUUCGCGUGCGCCGAUUGCGGCAAGGCCUUCAGCCAGAGCGUCCACCUGACGCUCCACCGGCGCACGCACACGGGCGAGCGGCCGUACGCGUGCCCCGAGUGCGGCAAGGCCUUCAGCCAGGGCUCCUACCUGGCGUCGCACUGGCGCACGCACACGGGCGAGCGGCUGCACCGCUGCGCCGACUGCGGCAAGGCCUUCGCGCGCCCCACGCACCUGGCGCAGCACCGGCGCGUGCACACGGGCGAGCGGCCGUACGCGUGCGGCCAGUGUGCCAAGGCCUUCCGCAACCGCUCGUCCCUGCUGGAGCACCAGCGCGUGCACACGGGCGAGAAGCCGUACGCGUGCGCGCGCUGCCAGAAGGCCUUCCGCUUCUCCUCGGCGCUCAUCCGCCACCGGCGCACCCACACGGCCGAGCGGCCGUACGCCUGCGGCCAGUGCGCCAAGGCCUUCACGCAGCUCGCGCACCUGGCGCAGCACCGGCGCGUGCACACGGGCGAGAAGCCGUACGCGUGCCCCGAGUGCGGCGCGCCCUUCAGCCAGAGCGCCUCGCUGGCCGAGCACCGGCGCAUCCACACGGGCGAGAAGCCGUACGCGUGCGCGCAGUGCGGCAAGGCCUUCACGCAGGUGUCGCACCUGGCGCAGCACCGGCGCGUGCACACGGGUGAGCGGCCGUACGCGUGCGCCGACUGCGGCCGCGCCUUCAGCAACCGCUCGCACCUGGCGCAGCACCGCCUGGUGCAUACGGGCGCGCGGCCCUACCGGUGCCCGGAGUGCGGGGCGGCCUUCAGCCACGUGUCGUCUCUCAUCGAGCACCAGAAGAUCCACACGGGCGAGAAGCCCUACCGCUGCGGGGACUGCGGCAAGGCCUUCAGCCAGGGCUCGUCGCUGACGCUGCACCGGCGCAUGCACACGGGCGAGCGGCCCUACGCGUGCCCCGAGUGCGGCAAGGCUUUCAGCAACCGCGCCUACCUCAUCCAGCACCACAUCGUGCACACGGGCGAGAAGCCCUACGAGUGCGGCGGCUGCGGCAAGGCUUUCAGCUUCUCCUCCGCGCUCAUUCGGCACCAGCGGACGCACGCCGACGGGAGGCCCUGCCCGCGCGUCCGCUGCGGCCACACCGCCACCCCGCUGCCGCACCUGACGGGUCCCCCGGGCUCCCCCCGGGAGGAGGAGCCAGGCAGCGGCAGCGACCCCACACAGAGUGCCACAGACCGGCAGAAGGACGAGCUGAUGCCUAACGGGGACCUCUGACCAGGCACCGCGCCCGGCACUGUUCCACCCCGCUUCCGACCGAUCGGCACCAAGGGGAGGCACCUUCUCCUCCCCGAGUCGUCCGUGAGAAAACCGAGGCUCAGGGAGGCCCGGGAACUUGCCCAAGGUCACACAGGGAGGAGGUCACAGAGCCGGGACUGCUUUUCCCCCCAACACACACACACUGCCUCACACUGCAUCUGCCGGACUGCUCCUCCCCCCAACACACACACUCUGCCUCCUGGUUCGGAACUAUAAAUGUGACCCACGAAAGUAGACCCAAAGAAGUGUCUGUGCGUCUCUAGCUAGCCUUUGAAUGGUCGAAGAUUUGAUGAUCACGUAGGCAUUUGUUCAAUAAAUUUAAUUGGAUAAAA